AUGGGUCGCGAACUCCAGAAGCGGAAAAACCGCUCGUCCAUCUCCAAGGUCCGCAAGAAGCCCAAGUCGAAGAAGAGAGUCCUGAACAACCCCAUCAUCGCCGCCAACUGGAACAAGCAUGAAACCCUCACCCAGAACUACCGCCGCCUCGGCCUCACCACCAAGCUGAACUCGGUAACCGGCGGCGUCGAAAAGACGGCCACCUCCCUCGAGACGCCCAACAACGUCGCCGCCCCGCUCGCCGUGAACCCCAAGACCCGCGCGUCGGCAGGCGGCGUCAAGACCGCCGAGGCCCGCCUCGAGCGCGACCCGCAGACGGGCGAGAUGCGCCUCGUCGACGACGGCACGCGCCCGAACCCGCUCAACGACCCGCUCAACGACCUGGACGACGAUGACGACGACGAAGCGGGCGCCGAGUGGCAGGGCAUCACCCAGCACGACGCGCCCGCCGUCGACCCCGCGACUGCGGGGAAGAGCGCCAACGCCGUCGUCAGGCAGCUCGAGGAGCUGGCCACGGCCGGCGCGAAGCGCAAGGCGCCGCGCAAGCAGUCGGGGCGCGAGGUCGAGUGGCUCGAGCGGCUGGUGGCCAAGUACGGCGACGACUACGGCAGGAUGAGCAGGGACAUGAAGCUCAACCCGAUGCAGCAGACGGCCGCGGACAUCAAGAGGAGGGUUGAGAAGUGGCGCAAGUCUCGGCAAGAGGUGAUUUGA